AUGGCCGAGUCAGCCGAUCAUAAGGAACUGUCUGAAUCCAACCAGGAAGAGCUUGGUAGCCAGGUAAUGGCGGAGGGGCAGGGGGAAUGUCAGGACCACAGUGAAGGUGCCUCCGUUGAGCAUGGAGAAGGCGGGGAACGCGGUGAAGAAUCCGCUGCUGCUGGAAUCGGGGAAGAGGGAAAAGGUGAAGAAGCUGCUGCAGGGUCCGGGGAAGGUGCGGCGAAAAGCGGGGAUGCUGAUGAGGACUCUGACGCAGAUCGUCCAAAAGGACUUAUCGGUUAUCUUUUAGAUACCGAUUUUGUUGAAAGUCUCCCGGUGAAAGUUAAGUACCGUGUGUUCGCUCUUAAAAAGCUGCAAACGAGAGCUGCCCAUUUGGAAUCCAAAUUCCUGAGGGAAUUUCAUGACAUUGAAAGGAAGUUUGCUGAAAUGUAUCAACCUUUACUGGAAAAAAGACGUCAGAUCAUCAAUGCAGUCUAUGAACCCACAGAAGAGGAAUGUGCAUAUAAAUCAGACUGUGAGGACUAUUUUGAGGAGGCGAUGGAAGAGGAGGAAGAGACUACCGGCAAUGAAGAGGGCAUGGUGCAUGAAUAUGUUGAUGAAGAUGAUGGUUAUGAGGACUGUUAUUAUGAUUAUGAUGACGACGACGACGACGACGACGAGGAAGAUGAGAGCACCGGGGCCACCGGAGGAGAAGAGAGUAACGAAGAGGAUCCUAAGGGAAUUCCGGACUUUUGGUUGACUGUUUUAAAAAACGUUGAAGCACUCACUCCUUUGAUUAAGAAGUAUGACGAGCCUAUUCUGAAGCUGCUGACAGAUAUUAAAGUGAAGCUUUCGGAACCCGGGGAGCCACUCAGCUUCACACUCGAAUUUCACUUCAAACCCAAUGAAUAUUUCAAGAAUGAGCUGUUGACAAAGACUUAUGUCCUUAAGUCAAAGCUUUCCUGCUUUGAUCCUCACCCCUACAGGGGAACUGCCAUUGAGUAUGCCACCGGCUGCGACAUAGAUUGGAAUGAAGGAAAGAAUGUCACUUUGAGGACCAUCAAGAAGAAACAGAGACAUCGCAUCUGGGGAACAUUCCGAACCGUGACCGAAGAUUUUCCCAAGGACUCUUUCUUCAAUUUCUUCUCUCCUCAUGGGAUCAGCUUAAAUGGUGGGGAUGAAAAUGAUGAUUUUUUACUUGGUCAUAAUUUACGUACUUACAUAAUUCCAAGAUCAGUGUUGUUUUUCUCAGGUGAUGCACUUGAAUCUCAGCAGGAGGGUGUAGUUAGGGAAGUAAAUGAUGAAAUUUAUGACAAAAUUAUUUAUGAUGAUUGGAUGGCUGCAAUUGAGGAGGUUAAAGCUUGUUGCAAGAAUCUCGAGGCAUUGGUAGAAGACAUUGAUCGCUAA